UCAUCACAUAGAAUAUGAAUCACUGUGGAUCCUUUGAACGUGAACUAAACUGGUGUUAGGACCCAGGGAGUGCCUGACCGUGGACCUGCCUACCCCCUACAAUAAAUAUAGCUUGCUAUUAGGACAGAGUCAGAUGGCCAGAGCUGACCGACAUGACAACCCCCACAUGCCAUAGCCUGAAGGAGAGACAGUUUCCCUAUGAAGAGUGUGUGUUGCAGUGAGAGACAAAGUGCGUAGACGGUUUUGGGUCAAAGGUCAUCCGUCGAAGAUGCUCCAGCCGCAGCUCCAGCUGUGCAAGGUCACCAACGCGCUGUUCAUCAGCAACGCACGCUCGGCCUGCACUGACGACCUCAUCCAGCAGGAGGCAGUGACGCUGUGCAUCAACGUGUCCAAGCAGCAGCCCUUCCCCGAGUCGUCACGCAUCGCUGCGCUGCGUGUGCCCGUCUACGACGACCCCACUGAGGACCUGUACCGCUACUUCGAUAGCUGUGCAGACGCUAUCCGGGACGAGGCAUCCAAGGGAGGCCACACCGUCGUCUAUUGCAAGAACGGCCGCAGCCGCUCGGCCACCAUCUGCGUGGCGUACCUCAUGAAGUACCGCAAGCUCUCAUUGGCUGAGGCGUUUACGAAAGUGAGGACUUCACGCUCAGUGGUGGACCCCAACUCGGGAUUCUGGGCCCAGCUGGAAAGAUAUGAGCAAGAGCUGAAAAAGAGGCGGGGGGAGGUGGACAACGCCCCAACCUAAUGUUGUGCCAAAUUCCUCGCCCUCUAGAACCCUGCAGCUCUCCACCGUAAACCGACCGCCCUGAAACUCUUUGGGCCAGUUUCCCGGACACAGAUUAAUCCUAGAUUAAAAACCAUGGUCAAUGGAACAUCUCCAUUUUAAAUUCAGGUCUAAUGAUGAUGGUUUAAUGAUACAUGAGUUUUACAUAGCAUUUCUAAAGGACAUCUGUGUCUGGGAAACUAGCAUUGUAUCUAAAGAGGUGGACCAGCCUCAGGUCUAGAGGAGCCCCCACCUCUGGAGUUGGUAGAAGUUGCCCCUAUAAUCGCUGGGCCAGGGUCCGAUAUUUUCCAUCCUCCUAAUGGUUAAGGUUAUGAUUUUGGGUUGGGUAAUCUGAUCCUAGAUUUGUGGUAGGCUAGGGGCUACUUCUACAUCGAGCUCCACCCUGUGGGAACCUGGCCCCCUCUACCCCUUAGAGAAACAAAGAGAAGUGUUACUUUUUACCCUCAAAAUGACGCUCCAUUAGUUAAUUACAAAGCCAAUGCAUUACAAAGCCACAUGCUUUGUAAUGCAUUCUAGAUACAUUACAAGUAUGAAUUUAUAUAACUUCUUAUAAGAAGCCAUAUGGAGUCCUUUUAUCAAAAAUAUGUCUAUGUAUAUGUACUAUUAAUAUAUGUGUAGCCUUUAGGGAUUUAAAAAGCCUGCUGAAAGGAGCAAUGCACUGCUAUGAAUGCUUAUAGCAAGUCAUAUAAUGGAAAAAAGGUAUUAUAAUGCACAAGUAGGUGAUAAUAGACAAUGUAAGUGCCAUCAUAAUGCAUUAUGUACAGUUGGUUCAUAAAUCAACCCAAUCUCUUAAAUUAUAUGUCACAAUAAUGUAUAUUUCCAUGGGGUUGCAUAGAGAGUGUUACUCUGGCUCUAUAGUCAUUGACAGCACUUAUGUACCCUUGUACAAACACUGAAGAGGCUGUUGCAGUGCCACCUUUAACCUCUAGAGGGAAGUAUUACAAUGGAAUAGAGUCAAAAACAUGACAAACCAGAUGGGAUGCUUUGUGGAGAUGUACUACCACAGACUUUUUGCGUUGAAAUCUCUACAGCUCAGAAACGUUUCUCCUCUGCACAUUAAAUAUUUAUCUGAGCAAUACUGAAUCUUAACUCUGCAGGGAUUUAACGAGUCUUAGCCAUUAAACGUUCGUUAUAGCAGCUAAUGUCGAGCAGGUGCAAUGACCUGUGCUCAGGUAAUACAACACGUUACAAUAGAGGGCUGCUAUUGACUAGAUAAAGCAUCAAAUCAAAUCAAAUUUUAUUGGUCGCGUACACAUAUUUGGCAGAUGUUAUCGCAGGUGUAGCGAAAUGCUUAUGUUCCUAUCUCCAACAGUGUAGUAAUACCCAACAAUACAAAACAAUACACGCAAAUCCCCAAAAUAAAAAGAAAGGAAUAUAGAAAUAUUAGAACAAGCAAUGUCAGAGUCCUGAAUAUAAAUAU